AUGCCAUCAAUGACGGCUUAUGACGGAGCUGGAAACCCACGAGAGCAUGUCCUCAACUACAAGACUUUCAUAGAGCUGCAGACUCUAUCAGAUGCCUUGAUGUGCAAGGCAUUCCCAAUGACGCUCUCGGGGCCAGUGAGGGCGUGGUUUAAUAACCUUGAGGCUGGAAGUAUCAGCAGUUUUGGAGAUCUGGCCACUCGCUUCAUCAGCCGGUUUAUUGCCGGGGUGCCUGCGGAUAGAAAGACGAGCUACCUAGAAACAAUCAAGCAGAGAAGAGACGAAUCGCUCAGGGAGUACGUCGCUCGUUUCAAUACGGAGGCUCUGCAAAUUCCAGAGCUCGAUGAGGGAAGGGCGGUGGAGGCCAUGCAGAAGGGAACGACCUCUGCUGAGUUCUUCAGCUCACUAAGCAGGAAGCCUCCGACCUCACUAGCCGAGCUGAUGCAGAGGGCUGAAAAGUAUAUAAGGCAGGAUGAUGCCUUAGUGACAAGCCGAUUCGCCAAGGAAGCGGUAGGUAAGGAGAAAGCCCCGGAGGAAAGGAGGCCGGAGAAGCAUGAGAGGAAACAUGAAAUCGAGAGGCUGAUAAAAAGAGGGCACCUGAAGAACUUCGUGAAGAAACCGGAAGAACAAAGACCUCAGCCCAAUUCGGCAACCCAAGCGUCGAGGAGAGCGGGAGCAGUGAAUGAUGGGUCUAGUGGGACCAUUAACAUGAUCGUGGGGGGCACAGGAGGUCGGAUGAGUCAUAGAGGAAAGAAGAGGAGUCGAGAGGGAGAAAGCAGUGGCGCCGAGGUCAUGCAGGUCAUCGAACACUCUCUAGUGGCCAUCACUUUCUCUCCGGAGGAUGCUCAAGGUGUUCAAAUGCCCCAUGACGAUGCCCUUGUCAUUGAAGCUGUCAUCCACAACUAUCGGGUGAAGAAAAUCCUAGUGGAUGAUGGGAGUAAGGUCAACCUGCUACCCUACCGGGUCUUCAAGCAGAUGGGAACCCCUGAAGAACAGUUGGUCCGGGAUCAGGCACCGGUCAAAGGAAUCAGAGGAGUCCCAGUAUCUGUAGAAGGGAAGGUGAAGCUGGCUCUCACCCUAGGAGAAGCACCUAGGACUCGCACUCAUUAUGCUGUGUUCCUGGUAGUCAAACUUCCUCUGAGCUACAAUGCGAUCCUGGGAAGACCUGCGCUGUUUGACUUUGAGGUCGUCACCAGUAUCAGAUACCUAGCAAUGAAGUUCCCAACAGAAGCAUGGGUGGGAAUAGUUCGGGGAAGCCAGGAGGAAGCAAGGGCAGUGUACCUAGCCACGGUAGCAGAGCCGAGCUCAACAGAGGAGAGGCUGGAUUCAAAAGUCCUGGAGGUCCGAGACGAGAAAACAGAGGCCAGGACAGAACCGGUAGGGGAACUGGAGAUUUUUCCCUUAUCAGAAGUGGAAACAGAUAAAACCGGUAAAGCAGAAGAAGAGGGUAGUAGGAAGGGAGAAGCAAUAGGCUACCAAGGAGGAGGUACUGAAGCUAGAAGAGGUAGGCUUUAUUAG